AUGGCGCUACCCCCGGACGAUGGCGUCGCUUCCUUCUCACUUCCUGUGUCCCCUACUACGCACCCGUCCAGUCAUUCUGAUACUGUAACCUAUGAGUAUAUUGCACAUUCUACUGAGGGGGUGCACAUCUCACUUCCUUCCUCUCCCCUCCUGUCCUCAUCUUCACCUUCAUCCCCUUCAUCUUCUGGUUCAGUGUCUCAUUCCCCAGUCUUCCCUUUAAUUCUAUGGGAAACCGAUCACGGCCCCAAUGACCACCUCACCUCGGGGGACGUUCAGUCUCCCUCUUCAUCUGCUGUUGUGCCAUUUCAAAAGCUCCAGCUGAAUACGAACUUAAAUGAUACAAUGUUGCCAGGUCGGAUUCGAGACAAGGGACCCCGCUCUCGGACGAGCUCGAGUGGGUCUUAUGCAGGUUCCCUGAGUUCUGGAUCCGAAAGUCCUCGAACGAGAGAAACGUCGUUCUCAGCGACGCAGCAGUUCGCAUCAGAGUUUUUAGGCAUAAAAACCGAGACAUUGGCCACGGGUUCAAAAAAAGCGACGACGACGUCGACGCUGUCCCAAGAGCUAAUGAAUGUGCUUUUACGACUCGGAGAUCUGACGCAGCAGGAGGGGAAAGAACAAGAAGAAGUUGAAGAGCCGCAGCUGUCGGUUCGGUUACGUGGUGGUCAAGUGGAACUUCUGACAUCGGCAGCUGAAGAUGAGGACGUGGAUUUUCUUGGCCCGGCCGAGAAUAUCAAAAAACUGUUUAAAUUGCCGUACUCGCACGCUCGCGUGUCGUUGGCAGUGCAUCGAGUGGGUACUACGCUCGUUGUAGAUGGCGAGCUUGAGGAAAAUGAUGUGCCAGCUGGUCUUUUUGAAGAUGGGCCACAAGAUACGCUGCGGUGGGUACAAUACUCGGACGAGAUGACGCAGAGGUUGUUGUACGAGAAAUUUAUUUACGAGAGUACAGUGAAUACGACGCUGCCAGUCUCAGAGACGAAGAGUCCCGUACAUGACACGGAGACGGGUGAGCAGAAGCAGCGGAAAAGUAAACAGCACCGAACAGCGAAGAAUCGUACCAGUAAGUUGAAAAAGACGAAACAGAAUAAGCAGAAGACGGAAGCUCAACGAGCAGUGGAACACGGACCUCGGACUUCAGAGCGGAGUCAACAGCUGGAUCUGGUUUCUCCCGUCCAGGAAAAAGAGCUACGGCCAGAUGGCGAGAGCAUGCAAUCAGCUGACCUCGAGUCGUCGCAUGGAACAAAAUAUGAAGCCCACCCUGAUGAUAAUCUGCAGCGCGGGACUAAGUCGACGACGCCUUCGAGCCAGCAAGAUUCGCGUCCUUCGUUCAUCAGGACAGGAUCAAACUGUCAAGCGUCUGCAGCACAGUAUUCGCCAUUGCAUGCCGAGUCGCAGAUGUUUCAGCGGAUUUUAAAAUGGAAAUUCAACGAUCUCAAGAUGAUUCUUGGCAGUCAAGUUUUGCUGUUCAGCAACCCAGAGCACCCUGCCGUUUCCCUGAAGCUUCAUGACAUGGACAAAGAGCUAUCGCUCUGCACCGUGUUGGAUUAUUACCUGGAUAACGUCAUUGCAAAUAUUCCAGAGCUAGCAGUAUGCAUGCACUCCAAGGGACUCGUUCGCGGCUACAAGUUGGUGGAAACGCGACAGAUUCCGUACAUGUCAAGCACUGGACGGCCCUUGUUUGAUGUCCAGGAUGUAAGUAUGAACGCAUCGACGCUGCUCAAGUUUCUUCAGGAGAAUUGCUCGAGACCCAAUGGCACGUAUUGGCUGCAUCGAAAGGAGGGCGAAGCUUCGUUACGGCUCUAUGAUGUCGACGUGCUCUCCCAAGGAAGUCAGCUCAAGUGGAAAUACAUGAUGGCAAUGCUUUGCUAUCGGUUUGCAGCUCGAGCAUCGAGACUUUCGAGCUCCUUAGCAGCAGGAACACCACAGCUGCAACAACAGCUUCAGCAGCGCGAACGAAAUUUGUUGUGCACGUGCAUGCGUUUGUUGGGAGAGAUCGCUCAAAAGGGUGGGGCGGCCCAUGGAUCUAUUUGCUCGUCGGUCAGUGAACAGCUUGCUGAUACCUACAUUCGUGAGUGCAAUCAAAUCCACGCGUUCAACUCAACGGAGUCGACAUCAGUGGACUCGGAUCGGGAGGCGGCCAUCAGAUUGCUUGAGAAGGCGAAACAGUAUUUGCUUGCAAGCAUCAAGUUGUUUGAAGAAUGCAUUCCCAAAAAUGUUGGUCCCGCUCUGACACAUACCAACGACGAACUUGACGGAUCUGCUGCAAUCGAAGGCAAUGAUGAUGAAUUGGCACCUGAGGACGAGGACGAAAACGGUGAAAUGGGCAACUUUAUGGAUGAGGAAUUGAACCGGCUGCAGCUGAAGUUCAGCUCUGCGUGCCUUGAACUUGGGCAUUUGUAUGCUCGCGACCACAAGUGGAUUGACGCUGUGAAAUCUAUGGUUGAAGCUGGCCAAUUUCUAACGCUGAGCUCAAUUCCUGGUGAUGUAGAGCCACUUGAUUUGUCUUCACGAGAGCAGGACGUUGUGUUUGACCGCUUACUGGAGAAGUUGGACUUUGACGGUGUUGGAAGAGCAGGGCUAUCUCAUGGAAAGAUCAGGAUUUGUGAAUCAGGGGCCGAACUACGCUGCUCCUUGCUGGGUCUCAUCGGUGAUAUGGCUGCGCAAAAGCCUGCGGGCGUGUAUGAUGUAUUGGCUGCCUUGUAUGAUGUUGUCUCUGGUGUCAAACGUGAUCAGCUUCCAUGUCUAUGCGAUCAUGCAAGUGAGCUCUUGAAGGCACUGGUACAAACCGCUGGAUCUGUAGACGACAAGACGCUUGCAAGUAGUGUGAAGGAUCUGCUGAUGCUGUCUUUCUUAGCCUAUUUACGUGCGUUGUCACCACCGGCAAACUCCGAGCUGUACUUUAUGAUGAUGAAAAAACUGGGCAACGCAAGCAAUGAGCUUGGUAAGUAUUCCCUUGCCGUGGAGUCCGACUACAAAGAAGCUUUCAGAUGGUUUGAGCGCGGCUGCAAGAUUUUCAGUGACAUCGAAGAUGGAGUUAAUGUAGCGCUGCUCCGGGCCAACCUCGCGCACCUUCACAAAAUGUUUGCCCAAGGUGAAUCCGCGGACAAGAGAGUAGAGCACUAUGAAACGGCGAUUCGACUUUGUACCGAAGCUUUGCAGCUUCUGAAGCAAAGCAAGGCUGACAUGGACUUGCACCGAAAAGUCAAAGGAGAAUUGGCCUUGACUUACCUGGUGUGGGCAGUGGAUAUGGCAAACAGUGUGUCGACAUUGGAGACCACUAGACCUGCGCUUACGAAAGAGCGCGAAAAUGAAGCGCUCAAGGUUUUUAACAAGGCGCUGUCGCUGUACGCAGAGCUAGGCGACCAGAAGCAAACUGCGUCUACCCAUUACCAGAUAGCUUCGUUCUACAGCCGCAUGAUUUCAAGUACGUUACGAAGCGAGCGAGACAACAUACAAGCCGAUAAGUGUGACCGGUUUUCGUCUACACUUGUGAGCCGCAUGGAAAUUGCUCGAAGGCAUUACGAAAAGGCUCUUCAUUAUUUCGGCGCUGCGGAAGUUGGGAAAACGUUUGUGUUGAUCCAUCAAGAGCUGGCGGAUUUGCACAUACUUGGUGGCCGAUUCGAAGGCAUUGAACAUGCCUUGCUGAUUCUGUUGAGUACGUAUGAAGCGUUUAAUGUUGGCAACACCAACAAGACGUUCCAGCUCGAAGACGAUCAAAUGGCUUUACUCGCUCGUGGCAUUGUGGCAAAGGUGAAAGCUGUGCUGCAUCAGCUUAUACGAUUGAGCUCGAGUGAAUGUCUUGUUGCCAAUGCGAAUGGCUCUGCUUCAAAGACCAAGAAACUGGAAAUGUUCAAGAAAAUGUACAAGGAAAUGAUCUACUACGACGAAUCCAACGCAAGUAGCGUCGUUCCCAUUCUAGGCGCCUUGCAAGACAUGUGCAUACUGUAG